UGACGCGUUCAACCUUCUUGUCCAACACUCAAUCGCAUGUCGGAGGUAGUACGCGAGUGAGCUUACUCGGAAUUUUCGUCGUGGUCGCAAUCGCCGUACUUUGUCUUCAAUUACGCCACUUCUACGAGGGAAUAUCGCAAAACUGACACCGUUCAUGUUGCCAUCAUGGAUGCCGAAGCGAUGGUCAAAUGUAACCCAGCUUUUAACGUGGCUGUCUUAAGUCAAGUCUUUGGGGAUGAAUUUGGUCCCAGUUUCCACGAAGAGUACCUGGUCCACGGCGUUGUCAAGGGCCAGCACUACAUGGCUGUACCGCUCAACGAACUUUGCAACAGAGGACUACUGGAGCAACUCCCAGGAGUGAUCAUGUCCUACAAUCGCGAAAUUCCAUACCCUGGCUCGACUUUUGGACUGCCAUGGAGCCCUAGGCCCUUCGCCAUCAAUGAUCUUGUUCAGUUGAAAAGCAUUGCUAGCCUGUACGGGCCAAGAUUCAGUACACCUUUCGCUAUCACUCUUUUCUGCUGCAAGAAGCAUCCCCAGUUUUGGAAGAAUUUGACGACGAGCGAACUCAGACAGAUUGUGCAGAUACUGGGUGGUCCAUCUAAAACGCUGCGCGAAUGGGGUCAGUCUUACAGUAUCUUGAAUCAGAGUGUCUACCCGAAGGGGUUUCAAGUCAGCGAGCAGAUGUUCCAUGUGAUGCGCGCUCUGGCCAUCCAUUGCUCGAAGGAGAGCAACGAGCAAGACAUUGUUUCGCGAUUGUCUACGAUCAGCGUGAGCGCCUCAGACAGCUUGGAGUCGACCGCGAAAGAUUGUUCUGCAGCAACUCGUGGUUCGUCGCUGGUGCUGACUGAUGUAUCCAAAAGGCGAGCUCAGAUAUCUUCUUGCGAUGACAACGACCAAGAGCUCAUGAAAGCCUCGCAAAGUGCUAAACCUCAUACUCCACCCUACAGUGCACUGGCUGCCGCUCAGUCGUCUCGUAGAAGAUACCAACCAUCGUCGAUACCGCCACUCUCUGACGUUGCCAUGUCUAAGCUCGGGAUGAGAACUUACGAUGUUCACCCAUCGAGCCUCUCGAGCCCUUGGUCAUUCUGCUCGGGCAUGGACGCGGUUGCUAGCUUCAGCGUAGCAGUCAGCGCCCAUUGGGCCCGUAGUUGACUCCACGGCUCUACUCGCGUUCGUAGCAUUUGCAAGAAAGGACAGAUCGUUUUGACAUAUCCCCCUACCGACGCCCACGCCGCUUACCAACACCGUGAAAUCAAGUCGUACACCUUGUUA